AUGUGGUCUGUUAUAUCAUGUUUUCAACUAGUUUGCAUACCAUCUAUAAAAUUAUAUAGUCAACAAAUACCUUCACAGCAAUUGAAAGAAGAAGAACAGAUAAAUACUCAAUCAGUUAAUACAUUUGUAUAUAGAACACAUACUUGUGGAGAAUUAACAAUUAAUGAUAUUAAUAAAAAUGUACAAUUAUGUGGCUGGCUUCAAUUUAAAAGAAUGGAAGCAUUUAUUGUUUUACGUGACUCAUAUGGUGUUACUCAAUGUAUUAUAUAUAAACAAAAAUUAGAUCUAUUAAAAAAAUUAUUAAGCUUACCAUAUGAAUCAGUUUUAAAAAUUACUGGAAUUGUUAUGCCAAGACCUAAACAUAAAUGUAAUCCAAAUUUGAAAACUGGAGAUGUUGAAGUUAAAAUAGAAUCAUAUGAAAUUUUUAAUUUAGCUAUGUCAAAACUACCAUUUAAUAUAAGUAAUUUUAAUGAAGCAAAAGAAUUUCUUCAAAUGCAGUAUAGAUAUUUAGCACUUAGAUAUCCUAAAUUACAAAAUAACUUAAAAAUAAGAUCAUGGGUAACAAUGAAAAUGAGAGAAUAUUUAAUUAAUCAAUGUGGAUUUAUUGACGUGGUAACUCCAAUAUUAUUUCGGAAGACUCCAGGAGGUGCUCAAGAAUUUGUUGUUCCUACAAAACAAUUAGGAAGAUUUUAUUCUCUUACUCAAAGUCCACAACAAUUUAAACAAUUAUUGAUGGUUGGUGGAAUUGAUAGAUAUUUUCAAAUAGCUCAGUGUUACAGAGAUGAAGGUUCAAGAAAUGAUAGACAACCUGAAUUUACACAAUUAGAUAUAGAAAUGUCCUUUGUUGAUCAAGAAAACAUAAUAAAUUUGACUGAAAAAUUAAUUGAAAAUAGUUGGCCUAAGUUUUUAGAACCACUACAAAUACCAUUUGAGCGAUUGUCCUAUGAAGAGGCAUUGGAAAUUUAUGGUACUGAUUGUCCGGAUCUAAGAAUACCUGGAAGGAUUUAUAAUAUAUCAAAAAUGAUUGGAAAAGAUCUCAAUAAACCAUAUGAAGUCUAUGUAACUGUAUUUCCACAAAAAAAACAAUUUUUAACAAAAUCUGUUCAAGAACAAUUCAUAAAUUUGUCAACACAAAUAUUUAAAAAUGCAACAUUGAUUCAACUUGGAAUAUCAGAUUUAAAAUUAGAAAUAUUGAAAGACUUGUUUUCAAAAUCUUCAAGAGAAAAAAUAACAAAUUUUUUUAAUUUGAAAAAAAAUGAUGUUUUGUUAUUAACUUAUGGGCUAAAAGCAGAAGCUAGACAACUUCUUGGAAAAAUUCGAGUUGACUUUACAAAUGUCAUAGAAUCAGCUGGUGAAGCUAUUAGAUCUUGUGUAUUUAAGUUUGUGUGGAUAUUCGAUUUUCCAUUAUUUGCAAUUAAUAACAAAACUAAAGUUAUGGAAAUUUCUCAUCAUCCUUUCACUCAACCUCAUCCUGAUGAUUUAAAGUAUUUAUGUACAGAUCCUUUAAAGGUUCGUGGAUUACAAUAUGACCUAGUUAUUAAUGGAUCCGAAAUUGGUGGAGGGUCAAUUCGUAUUCAUCAAAAAGAUCUUCAAAAAGAAAUUUUAAAAAUGUUAAAUAUUGAUUCAUCAGAAAUGUUUUAUUUAUUAGAGGCUUUAGACAGUGGUGCCCCUCCACAUGGUGGAAUUGCAAUAGGUUUAGAUAGAUAUAUUUCUAUUAUCUGUAAAGCAUCUAGUAUUAGAGAAGUAAUUGCAUUUCCAAAAACUAUCGAUGGAUGUGAUUUAAUGUCAGGUGCUCCAACAUUAAUUUCUGAAGCUGAUAAAAAAUUAUAUCAUAUUGAAACUGUAGAUAAUAAUACAGUGACAAAAGUUGCUGUUGUAUGAAUACAAAUUUAUUAAAAAUCUUUUUUUAACUUAUUAAAAUAUAAAAAUGAAAUUGUU